GUCGAGAGGGCAUCUGGGCCCAAGAAAGUCGAGGACCCCUUCAACUUCCGCAGCGCCUUCAAGAACGAGGCGCAGCUCUUCGACCUGCGCAAACGGCGUAAGGGCAAGGGUCUCGAACGCUACCACCGUCGACAGAACAAUCUCAUCAAUGACCUUCUCAAGUCCAUGGAAGACCAUACGAGCGAAGCUCGAGUCGAGGAAGAGCAGUCUCGUCUUCCCGUCAAGAUUGCCGUAUGGGCAAGUCUCAUAGCCAAUCUCGCUCUAUGCAUCCUACAGAUGUAUGCUGCGAUAUCGUCUCUUUCUCUGUCGCUGCUGGCGACGGGAAUUGAUUCGGUGUUUGACAUCGGGAGCAAUAUUCUCUUGUUCUGGUUGCACAAGAAAGCUGCAGCUCUAGAUGCUAACAAAUGGCCCGUUGGUGGGUCCCGUCUCGAGACCAUCGGCAACAUCGUAUACGGAUUUCUCAUGGGCUCGGUCAACCUCGUCGUCAUCGUCGAGUCCGCACGCACGCUCAUCACGCAUAGCGGCGAGGACACCAAUGCCCUCCACGUUCCCUCUCUGAUCGCGGUAGGCGCGGCUCUAGGUGUCAAGUUCCUCCUGUUCCUCUACUGCUUUGGGUACCGCGGCGCGUCGAGUCAAGUGCGCAUGCUGUGGGAGGAUCAUCGGAACGACCUGUUCAUUAACGGCUUCGGUCUCCUCAUGUCCGCCGGUGGGAGUAAACUCAGGUGGUAUCUCGACCCCAUGGGCGCCGUCAUCAUCGCGUUCGGUGUCAUCCUUGCGUGGUCUCGCACCAUUUACCACCAGUUCGAGCUGCUGGCUGGGAAAUCGGCCCCGCACGAGUUCUUGCAGCUCCUCAUCUACAACGCCGUCACGUUCAGCGACGAGAUCGAGAAGGUCGAUACUGUACGCGCAUACCAAAGCGGACCAGAAUUCUACGUAGAGAUCGACGUCGUGAUGGACGCAAAUACCCCGCUGUGGAAGGCGCACGACCUCAGCCAGAACCUUCAGGACAAAAUAGAGGUCCUACCCAAUGUCGGCCGUGCGUUCGUACAUGUCGACCACGAGACGACACACGCCCCCGAACAUCGCAAAUAUCAGUGAUCCACAGAUUCACGCUUACCUACGCAAUGUGCUAUGACGUCCUUCUCGGACUGCUCACGACGAUGUAUCU